AUGCAGCAAGCCCUGGAGAAGUCCCGAAACUUCCGGAUCGACGCCCUGUUAGCCGAGGCGCCUCCCCGCCCUGCGGCCAGCGCCUCCCCGGAGAGCUCGGCGGGCAGCCCGGGCUCCUGCGCGCGGACCGAGACGCCCUCGCCCGGCGCGCCCUCCGCCUUGGCCCCGCUGCCGCCCUCCGCUGCCUUCAUCCCCAAGCCGGGCUUCUUGAACUUGGCCCAGGCGGGGCUGAGCGCCUUGCCCGGCAUGUACCCGCCGCCGCCGCCGCCCCCUCUCUACCCCAUCCCGGCUCUGGCCGGCCAGCACCCCGCCUUCGCUUACGCCGCCGCCUUCCCCCCCUUGGCUCAGCCCAGCCCCGGGCAGCUGAAGGUGGCCGCCGUCGCCGGAGCUCUCCCGCUGGAGCACUGGAUUCGAACUGGGAUCAUGGCCCCGCGCUUCCCCGACUUCCACGCUGUCCCACAGUCUGGUCUCAUGGGGAAAUGCCGUCGGCCACGAACAGCUUUUACCAGCCAGCAGCUUCUUGAGCUGGAGAACCAGUUCAAGAUCAACAAGUACUUAUCACGGCCCAAACGUUUUGAGGUGGCUACUUCAUUGAUGCUAACUGAGACUCAGGUGAAGAUCUGGUUUCAGAACCGUCGGAUGAAAUGGAAGCGGAGUCGGAAAGCCAAGGAGCAGGUAGCACAAGCGGAGACUGAGAAACAGAAGGGAACAAGCAAGGCUUCAGGAAAACUGCUACCCAGAGAAACCCAAGGGCAGGAGGAGGAAGAGGAGAGUGGUGGUGAUGAACUUAGCAGGCACAGUGCCAGUGUGGAAUUUUUGCAUCAUAAUACUGAGAACUUCAGCUACAGUCCAGAUUCCUCAUGCUCAGAGGAGGAUGAGGAUGUGCAGAGCUCCACCCACAGGGAAAUGAACCUGCUAUUAUGAGCAGAUCCUAACCUCAAGGGCAGUGUGCACAUUCUGGAAGCAGAAUGAAGAACCAACUGUAGCCAAGCAAAAGUGGGUUUGUGCUCUCCUUCUGCCAGUGGACUAAAAGGACUAUGCCUGGGCUUGUGUCCUGGUGAGAGACUGUCAAUUAAUUUAUGUGUGUUCGAGUAUAUUUAUCUUGUCAUUGUUCUGUUAGGGGGUAUGCUCCCCAUCUUGGUAUUCUACCCACCUUGGUAUAAAGACGUUAACCUCAACAUAUUAGCAGACUAUGAUUUGCUUUUCUGAGAAUGGUUCCCAAACUCCCUACAACCAAUUGAUUGCCAAAAUUGUCCUGAAAUAAUACUAGGAG